CAACUGCCCCAUUAUCCUCCUCCUUCUACUACUCUACAGUACGUACUACUACUAGUAGUUAAUCCCUCUCAAAUUCCCGCAAAAUCUCCACCCCUAAAGGCUUGGAUCUUCUCCACACCAUCAUUACCAUCACCAGCGAGCCACAAAGAUUUCAUCUUUCUUUGCUUAGUGCAAAAGCUUGCUGCGCCGCCGCUGUUAAUGGCUGCCUUCCUCUAGAAGCGCCCCACAACGCAUCCAGCCAGCCAGCCGGCCGGCGGAGUCCGCGGACUCCCCGCCCCAGCCCACACGCCAGGCCCCUCCCGAGCAGCACCGCUACAUACAAAGCGCGCAGCAGUUCCUCCCCGGAUUCCAUUUGGUUUCCCCUCGAUUUCCUCUUCUUUUUUCUCCACGGCCGCCGUCAGCCGCCCCCGUCCGCUGAAUCUACCUCCCGCCGCCGGCCGUCCGCCCCUUAAUCGGCCGUAGCCGCCGGGCCUCUGACGCCGCCAUGGGCAACUGCUGCGGCGCGCCGUCGACGCAGGGGGGCGGCGAGCGGAAGAACAACCGGAGGAAGGCCAAGGCCAACCCCUACACCGUCGCGUACAACCGCGGCGCGGCGGGGCCGCCGGCGCGGGCGGGGCUGGUGGUGCUGCGGGACCCCACGGGCCGGGACCUGGACGACAAGUACGUGCUGGGCGGCGAGCUUGGCCGCGGCGAGUUCGGCGUCACCUACCUCUGCACCGAGGCCGCCACGGGCGCGCGGAUGGCCUGCAAGUCCAUCUCCAAGCGCAAGCUGCGCACCCCCGUCGACGUCGAGGACGUGCGCCGCGAGGUGGAGAUCAUGCGCCACAUGCCGCCGCACCCCAACAUCGUCAGCCUCAGCGCCGCCUACGAGGACGAGGACGCCGUGCACCUCCUCAUGGAGCUCUGCGAGGGCGGCGAGCUCUUCGACAGGAUCGUCGCCCGGGGACACUACACCGAGCGCGCCGCCGCCGCCGUCACCCGCACCAUCGUCGAGGUCGUCCAGAUGUGCCACAGGAAUGGUGUCAUCCAUCGGGACCUCAAACCGGAAAACUUCUUAUAUGCGAACAAGAAGGAGAGUUCUCCUCUAAAGGCAAUUGAUUUUGGGCUUUCUGUGUUCUUCAGGCCUGGUGAACGGUUUAGUGAAAUCGUAGGCAGUCCAUACUACAUGGCCCCAGAGGUUCUGAAGCGCAAUUAUGGCCCUGAAAUCGAUGUCUGGAGUGCAGGAGUUAUACUUUACAUACUUCUUUGUGGUGUGCCACCAUUUUGGGCAGAAACUGAACAGGGAGUUGCACAGGCAAUUAUACGCUCUGUUGUGGAUUUCAAAAGAGACCCAUGGCCCAGAGUAUCCGAGCCUGCUAAAGAUCUUGUCAGGCGGAUGCUCGAUCCAAACCCAAUCACGCGGCUUACUGCAGCACAAGUACUUGAACAUCCAUGGUUACACGAUUCGAAAAAGAAUCCUGACAUUCAACUUGGCGAUACUGUCCGAGCAAGACUGCAGCAAUUUUCUGCAAUGAACAAAUUAAAGAAGAAAGCCUUGAGGGUGAUUGCCGAGCAUUUGUCUUUAGAAGAAGUAGCUGACAUAAAGAAAAUGUUUGAUAACAUGGACAUAAACAAUAAGGGCCAACUAACCUUUGAUGAGUUCAAGGCUGGCCUUCGUAAACUUGGAAACAAAAUGCAUGAUUCAGAUCUUCAGAUGUUGAUGGAUGCUGCUGACGUCGAUAAAAACGGCACUCUAGAUUAUGGAGAAUUUGUUGCGGUGUCUAUCCAUGUCAGAAAAAUAGGCAAUGAUGAACACAUCCAAAAGGCUUUCUCAUACUUUGACCAAGACAAGAGUGGGUACAUAGAGAUUGAAGAGCUUAGAGUGGCACUGACCGAUGAGGUGGAUGGACCUUGCGAUGAAGACAUUAUCAAUGGCAUCAUUCAUGAUGUAGAUACAGACAAGGACGGGAAGAUAAGCUACGACGAGUUUGCGGCGAUGAUGAAGGCGGGGACGGACUGGAGGAAGGCGUCCCGGCAGUACUCGAGGCAGAGGUUCAGCAACCUCAGCCUGAAGCUCCACAAGGAUGGGUCCAUCAGCGACGACCAGAAGUAGACGGAGCAGAGGUUUAUAUUGACCAUCGAGUGUCGUGUUGUUCGCUGUGCCGGGGUUUUGUGGUCAGGUUUUCAUUUUCCACCAGCUUAUUCCUUCCUUGGGUUCUUUAUUUCUUUCACACGGUAAAUGCAGCUACCACUCGAUUCUUGGCGUUUGUUGCUUGUAAAGAAGAUCGUAGCUUGUAAGUAAAAUCGUUUGCAGUGUAAUGUAAAAAGUGUAGGCGUGGGAAAUGCUUAACAGAGCAGGAGUCUUGGUCUUGCACUCA